AUGAGAGUUGAAAAUGGAAUUAAAGUUGUUGAAGAUUUUGUGUUAAAGUAUGGAUUUACUAUCGUAGGUGAAAGAAUACACCCAUUAUUCCACCAGUGGAUGUUAGAAGUAGGAAUGUGCCGAUUUUUAAUAACUGAAGUUUCAAACGAGGUUUCUCGAGAGUCCACGCGCUUAGCAGAUGAUGUUUUCAUUUCACCUCUUGACGGAUCGAGUGUGGAUUGUAGAACUACUUGUUUCAAGAGAUCUUUUGAUAUAGUGAACGACGUAGCUUUAGAAGUAAAGGAUGUUGAAACACAUGUUCGAAAACUGUCUAAAAAUAAUGUCGUGGUUCUGAAACCUUUAAGGAAAAUUGCAGACAAAAAUGGAGAAAUCCUUAUUGUGACUGUAAAAUCUUGUUUGGACAACAUCAUACAUACUUUAAUACAAAUAAUCCACUUAAAGGGGAAGCUACUUCCAGGUUUUAGUUCUCCAUCAAGUUGCAGUGAAGCUUUGAAUAGGAGGAGACAACGUGGGACCAAUAUGUCACACGUUGAUCAUGUAACAUUUGUCUGCGAAAGUGGUAAAUCCCCAUGGGUUAUAUCAUGGUAUGAGAAAUGUUUUGGAAUGAAGAAAUUUUCUUUAAACAGACAUUCUGAUGAUGGCAGUUUGGUUGUAAAUGGGAAUAAUUCUGGGUUAAGAUUAUCGGCUUUUGAUUACUGGAAAUGUUCGGAGACUGGACUGUUUCAUCCCGAAGAUAACAAGUUUACUUUUGUGUUAGCCGAACCCAUUGGACGAGGCCAAAGUCAUGUGAAGACGUUUCUGUCAAAGCAUGAAGGUGCUGGAGUACAACACGUUGGCUUACAUACAUCAAAUAUGGUAACAACUUUACAGAUAUUGAAAAAUAAUGGAGUGCAAUUUGUUGAACCACCAUUUACUUAUUAUGAAGAGGAAUAUUUUCUUAAAAAGGUAGAUGAACUGGGCGAUUGUUUAGAAGAAAAUGUUGAGGAUAUAAUAUCCCAAGGUAUUUUACUGGACUCUGAAAAUACAUUAAACAUAACGACUGGUGAACAGCAGACAGAAGAAAGAUACUUAAUGCAGAAAUUCACUAAACCUAUUUUCAAAGAGGAGACAUUUUUCUUGGAGAUAAUACAGAGACAUGGUGCUACUGGAUUUGGUUUUGGUAAUGUUAUGGCUCUGUGCAGAGCAGUAGAAAAACUCAAAUGUACCAAGGCAUCAGGCUGA